AUGUCGCGACCAAUACCCAUUGAAGAAAUGGUGAGACUGUUCAAAUCAAGCCACCCAACAAGUUACUUGUUUAAGAUAGACAACUUCUCGUUACUCAAUAAAUACCAAAUCGAAAGGGUGGAAUCCUCUGUUUUCGAUCUUGGUGGUCACAAAUGGACAGUUGUUGUCUAUCCAAAUGGGCGUAAUGAAAAGGGUUUUGUCUCAAUCUUCUUAAAGAGUCAAGCUUCGGUAAAUGUAAAGAUCAAAUUUGAGAUCUUUAUCGUCAGUCAAUUAGAGCCAAACGCGAAAUCUUAUGGCCACGAAAAAUUUGGUAUCUAUUCACGACCGGUUGCCAAGGGAGUUAAAAAAAUUGCAUCUCUUGUUGAUCUUGAGAAGAAGGGGUACCUUAUUGAAGAUUGUUUUAUGUGUGGUGUCAAGCUUCAUGGGAUUGAACCUGCGGCUGAAACCGGAACAGCCGAAUGUUUUAGCUUAAUUGAGCAGCCUACCAACCACAAAGUCACUUGGAUGAUGACCAGGUUCUCGUCUUUCGACCCUCAGAAGGCUCAUCAUUCUCAUGAAUUUGUCGUUGGAAACAGGAAAUGGAGAAUUCAAAUUCAUCCAAGAGGGUUUGAGAAAGAAAAAGAUGAGUCAUUUUCUGUCUACCUUUUAGGAGAAGGGUUUAUCAACAAUGCGCCAAAUAAAAAGACUUACGCGAAAUUUAAGCUGAGGGUGUUGGAUCAAGUUAACCGCAAUCAUGUUGAGAAAACAUGUUCCGGUUGGUUGGAGACAUCUAAGGGCUUUGCAGAUUUCAUGUGUCUCACGAAACUUGUUGAGCCUUAUCUGGUGAAUGAUAAGCUGUACGUGGGAGUUGACUUUGAAGUCAUUUCUGUUGCUAGUUAUUGUUAA